AUGUCGGGUUAUAUCGGGAUAUCGAGUUCAAAUAUUGUUCAGACAGGUGAUAAUAGGCCAGUUGAAGUCCUUAAGGAAGAAAAUUUUAGUCGAGCAGUAGAAGUAUCUGUGUCGAGACUGGAGGAACCCGGAGAGCCGAGCAUUGAUAAGGGAAAAAUUGCAGAAGUGGGAUUCGGUGAUUUAGUGUCUCCCAGCCUCGGCCCCCGAGUAGACUCCCCUGCAGUCAAGCAGAGGCCUGGUUUUGGUUCUGCUUCAUUGUUUGAGCUUCUCAGCAGAUACGAAAGAGGGGGGAAAAGGUUGUCAGAUCAUGAAAAUUUAGGCAAUCCGAGCUGCGAAAGUUCAAGUAGGCAGAAGCUCUCGACAGAAGAGAUCAUAAGGGUGGCUGCAGAGAGGUACAUUGAGUUCCCUAGCAAAGAUCUUGACUGUGUUACAACUUUUAUUCACCCUUAUGGUUCGGCCUUGUCGAGUCUGUCACUGGAGGAAACAAGCGGCGCAGACCUUGCACACCUUCUUUUAUCUGCGGCUGAAAAAAUUUGGGAUGGGAAGAUUGAUUCUGCAAGGAGAAUGCUUGCGUUCUGCCAGUGCAAGGCCUCGAGGUCAGGUAAUCCAAUUGAAAGACUAACGUCGUAUUUUUCUGCAGCUCUGCAAGAGAGAAUCUCCAGAGAGACGGGCAGUAGAAGAAUUAGUACAAUUAGUGACAAUGCUAGAACUCCCAAUUUUAAUGGCCUCUUUACAGGUGUUGAUCAAACAGCUGUGGCGAUCCACGAGUACAUUCCAUUUAGUAAGGUCUUGCACUUUGCAUCAACGCAGACUAUUCUAGAACAUGUGGAAAAUGAGACCGAUAUACACCUCAUUGAUCUUCAUAUUAGGAGUGGAAUGCAGUGGCCACCUAUGAUACAAGCCCUUUCAGAGCGGAAAGAUUAUCCAAUUAAGUACCUCAAGAUAACCGCUCUUGAUACAGUAGACAAGCAGAUUGUUGAGGAUAUUGGCAAGAGGCUGGAAAGCUUUGCCAAUCCUCUGAACAUCUCCUUUUCAUUCAACGUCGUAUCUGUGGAUGACAUUAGUAACCUGAACAAAGAAUUAUUUGAUGUUCAAUCUGGUGAAGCGGUGGUGAUCUAUGCUCCUACAAUACUCAGAACUAUGCUCCCGAGGCCUGAUAAAAUGGAAAAUUUGAUGAGAGUAAUCAAAGAACUCAAUCCCCUGAUUAUGAUCUUACAUGAAAUAGAAGCCAACGACAACUCACCUUCAUUUAUCAAUCGCUUCGUUGAGACCCUUUUCUUCUAUAGUACAUGGUUUGAUUGCUUGGAAGAGUGCCUGGACCGCGAUAACCAGCACAGGAAGACUCUUGAAAGACAUUACUUUGGCAGAGGGAUCAUAAACACUCUUGCAACCGAGGGAGAAGAGAGGAUUACGCGAAGUGUGAAGCUCGACGUGUGGAGAUCAUACUUUGUGAGGUGUCAAAUGGUGGAAGUGGAAGUCCCGGAAUCAUCUUUUCAUCAAGCUGAAGUGGUUCUUAAGAAGGGAUUUUCUUGUGCAAGGUUCUGCACUCUCAGUAGUGAUGGCAAGUGUUUGAUGAUUGCAUGGAAAGGAACUCCAGUGUUUUCACUUUCGACUUGGAAGUUUGAGCAAAAUUCGUAA